UUGUAUAUAUCUCAAUUAUAAAGCAGAUAAGAAAAGUAUUGGAGUUCAAAAACAAAACGAACCUUGAAAAAAAAAGAGAAAUAAUAAUCAAAAGGGAAAAAUCGUGUUGUCUUGUUUAACAACUCAUCUCCACCUAGCUUCGACUAUUUUUCCCUUCAAAUUUUUCGCCUCUUCUUACGGGUCUGCAAUUUUCUUCAAGACUAUAAAUACAGAAUAAAUCUUCUUCAACGCACUGCUGAAUUUCAGAAUCCAAUUUCGCAAUGUUACGCAGGUCACUUCUACAGCUCGCAUCUCGUAGUUCACUCAGUAGGCUUCCAUUGCGAGCUACAACUCAGAUACCUUCAUAUCUUUCUUCCAGAAGGGCAUUUUCUGUUUCUCAGAAAAAUGGACCAAAAAAGCUUGAUCCAGGAAGCAACGUCCCUGAACCUCAGAGUCGUGUACCAAAGAUUCUCGCUGGAGGCCUUGCAUUGGGUUCUGUUCUCCUGGCUGCGUACUAUUAUGGUGCUCUUGAUGAGUAUAUUGGGAGGCAGAAGGAAAGCAUCAGGGAAUACACCAAUGCUGGGAUUGGUGAUAAGGCUACAGAGGCAUUUCCAGGACAAAAAGGCACAUACAAUCAACCUAGUGGAUUUAGUACCAUAAUUUCUGGGAGCAGCUCAGGGCAAUCAGGUGAAUCAAGUACCCUUGUAGACCAUGCCAAGCAAGAUACUGAAACACAUGCAGACUCGAUUAAAACUGAAGAAGAUAAAAGUUUUCAAGAAAAAGUUGCUACUGUUCAGACACCAGUGAAUGUCGAUCACGUUGAACGGAGAGAUAUUCCUAGUGUUCCUCAGAGCAGCUUUUCAUCUGAUGAUGAAACUGGUAAACCAGCUGAAGAAAGUUUUGAUCUGAAGGGCGGGGGGUUGGGAGCUGAUGAGCCACAGCACAAGGCAAUUGAGACCACAACCACUGUUACUUCAGCUGAAAAUACUUUUCCUGACACUGAAAUAAAGUCUGUACAAAGAGAGCCAACCACAACCGACAACAUACAAGAGGUUGUCCAGGGCGAUAUAUUGCAAAAAUCUGAUUCCCUCCUCGGCGAUUAUCUUUUAAGUGACAAUUCUGAAGAAUUUGCUUCAUCUUCAUCCAACAAUCAUAAGGAUACUAGCUCCACAGCAGAAGAUGCCCGCGGUGGUGGUUACAUAACAAAUGAUGGAAAACUGAUUAUUGACUUCUUGCAAGCCAUACAUGCUGCUGAGGAAAGACAAGCAGAGAUGGAUGCUCGUUCUUUCACAGAAGAGAAGAGAGCUAUGAAGGAGAAAUAUGAAAAGGAACUUAAGGAUGCAAGGGUCAGGGAACUCAUGUAUGCUGAGAGGGAAGCCAUUUUGGAUAAGGAAUUAACAAAAGAACGAGUUAAAGCAGCUGUUGCUCUCAAAUCACUUCAAGAAAAAUUAGAAGAACAGCUCAAAACAGAACUCGAGCAGAAGGAAAUGGAAAUGGAACAAAGACUCAAGGAAAUGCAAGAUAUGGCUAAAGCUGAACUGGCUGCGGCAAUUGCAAGUGAGAAGGCUUCCCAGAUUGAGAAAAUGGCUGAAGCCAAUCUUCAUAUAAAUGCUUUGUGCAUGGCAUUUUAUGCACGCUCUGAAGAAGCUCGCCAGAGUCAUUCUGCGCACAAGCUUGCUCUGGGUGCAUUGGCAUUGGAGGAUGCACUAUCCAAAGGGUUGCCAAUUGAAAAGGAAGUACAGACUGUUCGCGAUCAUCUUGAAGACAUUGACAAAGACUCACUAAUACCUCUAGUUCUCUCUUCACUUCCUGAAGACACUAAAAAAUAUGGAACAGAUACCCUGUCCCAAUUGAAUCACAAGUUUGAUGCCAUGAAGGGGACUCUGAGGCACUUCAGUUUAAUUCCACCUGGUGGCGGAGGGAUAUUGUCACAUUCAUUGGCUCAAGUGGCAUCGUGGUUAAAGGUUAAGGAGGCUGAUGAGUCGGGUGAAGGAGUCGAAUCUCUCAUAAACAGAGUCGACAUUCUGUUAGCUCAAGGAAAACUGUGUGAAGCUGCAGACAUUCUUGAGAAGGGGGUUAGAGGCAGCCAGGCGGCAGAAGUUGUGACCGACUGGGUCAGGCGAGCAAGAGAGAGAGCCAUCACAGAGCAAGCUUUGACGGUUUUGCAGUCCUACGCCACUUCAAUCAGCCUAACAUGAACCACCAUCGAGUUGAAUUUUGUGAAGCCACCAGGUUCGUCUCCGCCCUAAAGUAAUUGAAAACCAAAUGCAGAGGUUUCUUUUCCUGUGGUUAUACUGUUGUACGGAGCCAUGAUAAAUAAAAAUCCUCAAGUUUUUUCCAGAGACUAUAGUCUAUGAACUGAGCUUCUUAACUGUGACGUGUGAUGUAGAAUAUUUCAAAUUUAUAGCCUCGAAUCCUUUGGGGCAUACACUGUCUCUGUCAACGCCUUCUGAAAAAUUGUGGGGCGUGGAAUUUUCGAGUUUCGAUAGCAAUACGAUUCUUGUAA